CUUACGUACAAUGUAUAUGUCGAUAUGUAAACUUCAGACGAGCUCGAGUCCGUCCUCGCGGCCGUCCAUUAGACAUCACAGGCGUGGCCCGAAGCAAAACUCGCAGCCGCAGUCCCGUCUCGUUCAAUCACAGAAUUGGAUAUCGAGCCCGAGAUCCCAUCGAACCUAGGAGAGGGUCGGACAACGAAGGCGGGGAAUCUGAGGAUGAAAGUGAGGACACACGCCAAAGCUGCGCCAUGAUAUCGCAAGUUGAUUACGAUGCAAUUUGCAAUCCGACAGCCCCAGCAACCACACAGUCAGAAAUUCGCCGAGUUCUUGACAAGAUUGACUGUAACGGUGCCAAUUUUCUCAAUUUGGACUAUCUGUUUAUUCCUUACUACGAAGACACUAUGAACCAUUUCUGGCUCAUGGGCAUCGCCCCGAAACAGAAGUUCUGCUUCCUGAUCGAUUCGUGUCCUUUUGAUCACUGGGACGAUCCUAUCCAGGGAAUGAGAGAUAUCAUCAUAAACCAGACAUUAAGUUUACCCGGUGCAAGUCUGAAGACCGCCUGGCCUCUAUACGGACAAUGGUCGCAACGCACGGCAACAGACGACGGCAGUCCCGAUGCUCCGCAGCAGUCAGAUAGCUAUAAUUGUGGCGUAUUCACCGUCACAAACACUUUCUGUUUGGCUUUCGGCUAUGAUAUCUUGUGCUAUAGCCAAGAGGACCUGCCGAAACUUAAACGGCGAAGGAUGACGGCUGAGCUGCGAAAUGGAGGCUUCGGAGCAAAUAACAAGUUUCACUAUCCUUUACUUGAUCUGCCUGGAAAUACUUAUAGUCUUCUUGAUACCAGCCGGAAAGCCGAUCAGUAUUACAAAGAUCGUAACUUGUCGGUUCCGAGGAGUAGUGGCAGGACUUCCUCGCCGCCGAGACCAGAUCUAUCCUACCGUCCUCCUCCUUUCCUGGCGCCAAAUUUCGAUCCUAUGGACACUGCAGAUCCUGACGAUGAUCCACAACAAAUGGGAUUUGAGCCUCCUGUAUGGGACCCCACCGUCAAGACCAGGACACAGCUCAAGCGCAUCAAAAAGUUGGAUGUUCCGAAGAACUUGGACAAGUACCAAGAAACCGAAAUCUUGGAAGCUCUUGGUAGCAAUCAACGCUGCUCGGCUCUCGAUCCUAGGAGCGAUCCCGAUACAAGGUCCGAAAGCUCAGAUGAUGGAACAAAUGAUGGUUGUGAUUCCGAUACCGACGACCAAAGUGGGCCAGUUACACCUCGGCCUAUCCCGACGUCGAACGAGCUUUUCGUUGCUGCAAGAAAGCUACUAGACGGAGCUGACUGUGCGGCCAAGACGGCGUAUAUGAAGCGCCUGUUGGAAAUGGACGAUCGUCCCUGGCCACCUCAAUUCAACUAAAGACUUCACCGAAAAGCAGGGUUCAUAUAUACCAAUGUUUCUUUACCGCCAGGAGCCGGCGAAAUCGCACCAUCCUCAAGGAAACAUCUGAAGGAUGCAUGCAUUAACUUUCCUCUCAGGGGUCGUAAAGAAUUGAAGAAGUGGAGAGCAGAACCAAUAGCUGCAGCAAGGCAAUGGGCAGAGAGUGAGAUGAGCGCUUUCAUGGCGAGGGCGUUGGAUGAGGUGAAGACGAAGCCGUUUCCCAGGAUUGGGAGAGGGUAUACCAAUCACAAGCCUAGCCUAGAUGCGAGUUUAGCAG